UUCCUGCUGUAACGAUGAUAAAUGUGAAUCGGCCAUGGAAGACGAAUCCUUGCAGAAGGUUGCGAUUUCAGGCCCAAUCUUAGCCUCCUUGAUCCAGCGCUUCUCCUCCACCGCCGGCGCCGUCGACGGCCUACUCUUCGGCCAUGUCUCCGAAAUUACACCCUUGUCGCUCUCCGAUGACUCAUCCUCCUCUACCAACAUCGAACCAUCGGUACGCGUCGCCACCGUCACCAGAUUUCUCUGCUCCGGCACCACCAAUAGCUUCUACGAUUCUUCUGGGCAAGUUGAUUCCCAAUCCCUAAACCGCCUUCUCAGCCACCACGCCGACGGCCACGCUCAAACCCACGACUCUUUGAUUGGAUGGUUUUCCGGCCGCCGGAGAACUCAGCUUCGGCCUUCCAUGCGUGAAUUCUUAGUGAGUCUCUCUUUGUCUUCGAUGAAGCAAUUGUCGAUUCCUGUCAAAGACGCUGUGAAUCCCACCAAUCUAACCCCUAGUGUGUUUCUGCUUCUCACUUCGCCGCAAUCCGAUCGAAUUAUCCACACCCACGAGUACCGCGCUUUCCAAUUUCGGCCCUCCAAUGAGUUGUUUGAGGCGAAAUCGAUCGACAUUGUGAACAUUGGGCCGGCAUUUCGUGGUCACUACGGGUCGUUUACCCCCGAUUCCCCUUUCCCCCAUUUGGUCUGCGAGAUGAGGGUUUCUCCGAUGAAUGAGGAUAAGAACGAUGAGAAUUUGAAUCUGAUAAAGCAGAACUCGAAGGAUCAGAAGCAACUGAAUAUGUGCGCCGAAGGGUUUGAGGUUGGGAGCUUGACCCGGUUACUGGGUUCGGAGGCAGCAAAUUAUACUGCUGGGUUGGAGGAUUUAUACGAAAAGAUGCUUGCCAAGGUCGAGAACUUGGCCCGGCUCGUCGAGAAGAGCUCCACCCAAGUCCUUGAGCAGGAAAAUCACAACAGGAAGUUAAAAUACAAAGUUGCUAGAUGCCCUGGAUUUGAGUAGGAAGUUUGUUCUUACUACCGGCGUUUUUGUUCAUCAGGGAUUGCAACAGUCGACCUCGCAACAAAACCGAAAACUUUUGCCAUCGAAACCUUGGUGUGUUGAUACUACAAUGGUAACUGCUGAGAGCUACCUAGCAAUCCUGAGAGAGAAGUGGUAGGAAUGACCUUAGCUUAGGCAGCUGUUUGUGGGUUGCCCCCACAGACAGCCUACGCUUUGUGGAUGUUCACCUUCUAUAAUGUCAUUCCCAGCCUUUUUGUCACUUGAAAAACCUACUCUGUGUCAUAUGAUUUAAUAUAAUUCCAUUCAAAGUGCUCUGUUCUU